AUGGAAAUGCUAUUGUUUGGUGUCUGGGCCCUGCUGGCCCUGAUUCCUUGCCCAGGGGCUGCAGAAGACCUAUUUGGGAUUUCUGUUUGGCCACAUCAGGCCCUUGUAAAGUAUGGGCAGUCCCUAAUGGUCAACUGCAGCACCACCUGUCCAGACCUGGGACCCAGUGGAAUUGAGACCUUAUUAAAGAAAAGCCAGGUGGGCAGAGGGCCUCAGUGGAAGGAGUUUCUCCUGGAAGAUGUCACACAGAAUUCCAUCCUGCAGUGCUUCUUCUCUUGUGCAGGGAUCCAAAAGGACAUAAGCCUUGGCGUCACUGUGUACCAGCCACCAGCGCAAGUGAUCAUGGAGCUGCAGCCUGAAUGGGUGGCUGUGGAUGACGCCUUUACAGUGACAUGCCACGUGCCCAGUGUCACACCCCUGGAAAACCUCACCCUUACCCUUCUCCAGGAUAACCAAGAACUACAUAGAAAGAAUUUUAGGAGCUUGGCUGUGGCCUCCCAAAGAGCUGAGGUCACCAUCAGUGUCAAAGCCCAAAGGGAGGAUGACAGGUGCAAUUUCUCCUGCCAUGCAGAACUGGACCUGAGUUCACAUGGUGGAGGGCUCUUUUGCAGCAGCUCAGCCCUCAAGGUGCUCCGAAUCUUUGAAUUCUCUCAGAGCCCCCAAAUCUGGGUCUCUUCACUUCUGGAAGCUGGGAUGGCAGAGACCAUGAGCUGUGAGGUGGCUAGGGUGUUCCCAGCUGAAGAGGUAAUGAUCCGCAUGUUCCUGGGAGACCAGGAGCUUAGGCCCUUCCUCUCCUGGGAGGGAGACACAGUAUGGGCCAAUGCCAGUGUUCGGGCCAUGGAGACUGGUGAUCAGGAGCUGUCUUGCCUUGUAUCUCUGGGUCCGAUGGAACACAAAACAAGAGAGCCAACAAGAGAGUCUAUAGUAAGCUUCCCUCUGCCAAUCCUGGAGAUAGAAGAAUUACACCCAUUGGCAGGGACAGAAAUUAACGUGACCUGCUCAGGGCAUGUAUUAACAUCACCCAGCCCUACUUGUCGGCUUCAGGGAGCCCCAGAUCUCCCUGCCCCUGGGGAGCCUGCCUGGCUUUUACUUACCGCCAGGGAGGAAGAUGAUGGCCGAAAUUUCUCCUGUGAGGCCUCUUUGGAGGUUCAGGGUCAGCGGUUGAGCAAAACCACGGUGAUCCAACUCCAUGUCUUAUACAAGCCACGAUUAGAGGAAUCUGGUUGCCCUGGCAAUCAGACCUGGUUGGAAGGGAUGGAGCAGAUGCUUGCCUGUGUCCCAAAGGGAAACCCGACACCAAUCUUGUCAUGUACCUGGAAUGGAACGAUCUUUGACCUUGAAGUGCCACAGAAGGCAACCCAGGACCACUCUAGAACCUACUGCUGCACAGCCACUAUGCUGGGCUCUGUCAGCAAAGACAUUGCUGUCAUUGUUCAAGGACUGGAUGAAGGAGUCAGUUCCACCAUCUUCGUCAUUAUUAUUGUCAUCCUUGGAGUGGGCGUAAUCAUCAUAGCACUGUAUUUGAACUAUAGGCCCUGCAAGAUAGAGAGGAGGAACUUGCCCUAUAGGCAGAAGGAGAAGAACAAAGAGGAGGAAAGCCAGUUUGCUGUUCAACAAGCGGAAAAGCACAAUGCACAGAACUGUCAGUUAGAAACAGCUAUUUGGUUGAAGGUACCCUCUACUACUGGGGUUUCCUGA